UCAAAUACUAAACUAUACUAUCGGUUAAAAUGCAAAUUUGUUUAUCAAAUUUAUAGCCACUAUUUGUGUAAAAAUAUAUAUUAUUUGUUAAAAUGCCACCAAAUUGUUUGAAAAAUAAUGAUUUGAUUGUAAAAUAUUUAAAUUAAAACAAUCUUUGAAUCAAAAAUUAUAAAUCAUUUGAUUGAAUGACAAAUCAUGUGUUUGUUUGCAUACAAACAUUACAGUCAACACUCGUUAAUAAACAUAUAUUAAACACGUGUUACUUAAGCGGACAGUUGGUUACAAUUGGAUUAUAAGUUAGAAUAAUUGAUAUUAUAUUAUAUGACAAUAUAUUGUUGUAUAUAAUUGUUUGUAAGUAUUGGUGACCAGUGGUCACAACAGUUAUGUUUGAGAGUAUGUGUGGUUUAUGUGAGAGUGUAAGCAUACCAGUGCUGUACGCAUGUGUUGGUCACACCUAAAGGGGCUCAACAAAGGAGCUAAUAUGGCUUCAGGAGGGACUGCAAGUCAAACAAGUGGUCAGCACACGGAACAAGUGGUCUGUACGCCCACUUUUGUCUUUCCCGCGGCCACCGCUUUUCCCGGGUUUGAUCCGCGACAACACAUCGCAAACUUCAUACAUCAUGUGCCGCAACAACAGUCGGCCAAUGAUAUGCUUCACACCAGUAGUGCCACAAAACCACACUCACAGUCAUCACAACAGUCACAGCACUCACAGCACACCACCAAAGCUGUGAAGCAAUCGCAGCGGACAUCCCAGAGCCUGACUCAACAACAGGCACAGACUGGUCCGCAUUUGCUGACCACUGCCAUUGCAUUUCCCGGCAAUCCAUUGCAACACAACACUCAACAACAACAACACCUUCAGCCCCAACAACAACAACACGCAAUCCUAAUCCCCGCCACCGCUGGCACCACAUCUCAAGUCCGCAAUGUUAACACAGUUAGCUUUACCAACAACACGACGACCACUGUGUGGCCGUGUCCUGCGUGUAAAAUACCCUAUAAGAGUGCCAGUGAACUACAGGCACAUCUCAGUAAUCACACAAAACAAGAGAAGAGUGUUCCCUGCAAUCAAUGCGGGAAACUGUUUGCCAGCGCUGAGAGGGUCCGCAUCCAUGUCCGGGUAGCACACGGAGAGAAGUCUUGUUCGUGUGAAAUAUGCGGUUCUGGUUUCUCUUAUCGAUGCAAACUAUUGGAUCACAUGCGCACACAUACGGGUGACAAACCAUUCCAUUGUGAUGUUUGCGGUCGAUCUUUCUCACAGAAGAAUCAUUUAAGAAGACAUCAGAUGAUUCAUACGGGCGAACGGCCCUAUCCUUGUGAAUACUGUGGCCGUGGAUUCUACCGAAAAGAUAAACUUAGUCGUCACAGAAGAAUUCAUACGAAUCCUAGCACUGGUAGCGGUGGUCGCGGUGCUCGUAAUGCUAAUGCAAACAAUGUGGCAAAUAAUGUGGCCAAUCUGGCACAACAACACAUUGCUACUACAAUUCAUACACCACAAGGUCCGGCCACUAUCCAACUGAUCCCCGUUCAGGUGUCAGCGCCUCAAUUUCGAGGCACUCAACUGACCACACAAUGGGCAGCACAACAAAACAAUACAAACAACACUACAAACAGCAAUAACAAUGCGGCCAAUAAUAGCAGUUCCCCAUCAACUCCAACCCCUACGACGACUUCAUAAAAAUACAAACAUAUGAACCCAUUGUUGAACGUUGAGUGCCAUUCAUUGCAUUCCUGUCCGCAAUUCAGCCGUUAAUUAGUAAUUAAAUAAUUACUUUUGAAUUAAUUCAUUGAAUUCUCUCAUCAGAUCUGCCAUUAAAAUAUAAGGCAAACAUUUGUUUGAGAGAUUAAUUUCAAAUUAAUUGUUGUAAUCUCUAUUCAAUUAAUUAGUAUAUAACUCACUAUUUUAAUCCAUUUAUAUAAUU